AUGGCCUUGAUGAACACCAGUGACAGCCGUGUGCUGGAUGGGUCUUCUGGAACCCAAAGUAUCCACGUGAAUGCCUUCCGGGGCGUGGUCCGCCUCCGAGACAACAAUGUCCUGAGUGAAUGGGACGGCAUCAUGGACUACAAAAAUGCUCUCUUGGCAGCUAGGCUGUUUAGUAAGAUGGCCUGUGUCCUGACCAAGAUGGACAAAGCUGCCUUCCCGACUUUGGAUGAAAUGAUCCGAGCCUUGGACCAACAGGAUUUAAAGCAAUACCCCUCCACUCGAGGCCUGACCUACACGGUUUUACCCAGCCGGGUCAAGAACUUGGCCCAGUAUGGAAUGCCCAUCAAGGACCUGUGCAGAGCAGUCCCCACCUACUUUGCCAAGCAACAAAAAGAAGGUGUGGCGCUGGCAGUUGACCCCAACUCUUGUUUUGAAAUCCAAAUUCUGUCCUUUAUGGGGAUUGCCAUCUGUGGUGAGAUCCCCGGGCUCUGA